CCACCACUAGCGUGUGAUGUUGAUGUGACGCAACAGCGAUCAGCUGGAUUUGUUUUGCUUCAUUCUCUGUGCUCCGCUUGAAGUCGUAAAUGUACAAAAAACUUGCGUUUUAAUUCAUUAAUGCGAGGCGGAAGAACAGUCGAAGCGUUGGGCUGUAUUCGUCGUCCACUUUAUUCGGACCAUCCAGUUUUUCCCCAGUAGGUCUCCGCUUUGCCACUAUCUUUUCGGCGGUCCAGCCGAUCCCAGGCCUCCGAUCCAGGGCGGAGGGAGGGAAGGAGGUCGCUGGGAAUCGGGAUGGAGACCGGAGAAGUUGGGCCGGGGCUGUGCUGCGCCUCCUUCAACCAGGACUCCACGUCUUUGGCUGUGGGCACCAAAACUGGAUACAGGCUAUUCUCUGUGACCUCAGUGGACAAACUGGACUGCAUUCAUGAGAGCACAGAAACUCCAGACGUGUAUAUCGUGGAACGGCUUUUCUCCAGCAGCCUGGUUGUGGUGGUGAGUCAGUCCGUGCCACGUCGCAUGAAUGUCUACCACUUCAAAAAGGGCACAGAGAUCUGCAACUACAGCUACUCGAACAACAUUCUUGCAGUGCGUCUAAACAGACAGAGACUUGUUGUCUGUCUGGAGGAAUCCAUUUAUAUCCACAAUAUAAAAGACAUGAAACUCCUGAAGACCCUUCUUAACACACCAUCUAACCCAUCAGGUCUCUGUGCUCUCUCCAUCAACCAUUCCAACUCUUUCCUGGCAUAUCCAGGAAGUGACACCAUCGGAGAAAUUAUUGUCUAUGAUGCCAACAAUCUGAGCACUGUGACCAUGAUUCCAGCUCAUGACAGUCCACUAGCCGCCAUCACCUUCAGUGCGUCCGGCACCAAACUGGCCAGUGCUUCUGAAAGGGGCACAGUGAUUCGAGUCUUCUCCAUUCCAGAAGGACUGCGCUUGUUUGAGUUCCGGCGCGGGAUGAAAAGGUAUGUCAACAUCAGCUCCCUUUCCUUCAGCCCGGAUGCUCAGUUCCUCUGUGCCUCGAGCAAUACAGAGACGGUGCACAUUUUCAAGCUUGAACAGCACAGCCCAAGUGGGGAGGAGGAAGCUCCCUCUUGGUCAGCAUAUGUAGGUAAGAUGUUCACAGCAGCCAGUAGCUACCUCCCAGCGCAGGUGUCAGGCAUGAUGAGUCAAGACCGAGCCUUUGCCACCGUCCGGCUCCAGAUGACCGGUCAGAAGAAUGUCUGUGCCCUGGCAAUAAUCCAGAAGCUUCCACGUUUGCUUGUGGCCUCCUCUGAUGGGCAGCUAUUCAUCUAUAACAUUGAUCCUCAAGAUGGGGGUGAAUGCACUCUGGUGCAGAAGCACAGGUUGUUUGGAUCAGAUAAGGAUUUGGAGGAGACUGAGAAAUCUGAACUCCCGGAGCCACCCCAAGCAUGCCAGUCCUAUGCUGCCACUGUGGCCAUCCCCACCUCUGGACCCGUUACAGCCACUCUCACAGGCUACUCAGAGGAUGGGGGAGCUAAGAAGGGUGAGGUGAUUCCCGAGCACGAGUUUGCAGCAGGGCCUGUGUGUCUGGACGAUGAAACUGAAUUUCCUCCCAUAAAUUGGUGCCGUGAUGGAUCUGGGCGAGGCAAGGGGAGACGACUGUGAGAGAACAGGUGGAGGCUGCAACUGUCACAGGAGGAUACUCAGUGCAUGAGCAAGGACAAACAAAUUAAUAAAAAAAACGAACUUCAGGGUGCUAAAUCAUUAAAGGAACGGUUGAAAUGAUAAUAUCUUAAACUGAACUGAUCAGGGAUUUGGGUCGUUGUCACUCAGACCCCUGAAGGGUGUGUUAUAAAUGAGGUGCAUGACUGAAAUAUAACCACAUAUUGUUCUAGUUACGUAACACAUUGCAUUAAUUCAGUCGUAAUACUGUAGCAUUUUAUUCUUUUAAUUUACAACCCCAUCAUAUUGAAUCAUAAGAGAAGAGGAAUUACUUUUUUAUAUAUGUGUUUUGCUGUAUUGAUACUUAAUAUGUUUACAUGUUACCAUCCUGAAUACUAAUACAAUGGGAUGUUUUGUAUGUAUGUGCCUAUGAUAUUACUUGUAAGAGUGCAGAGUAUUUUGCUGGAUUGCUCAAGACCAAAAAAUAAAAAAAGAAAGAAAUGAAUUAUGUAGGAAAUCUAUUAGGAAUGAAAUUAUGCAAAACACCUCCUG